AUGGCGCCCAUGAACCUCGAGGAUGUUUUGAGGCUCGCUGCGAGUGAGGAUGAAGAACGCGGCAUCACGAUAUAUCCACUCGGAGCACCAGGCAAUCUGAAGAUAUCAUUGCCAAGCUUUGAGGCUAGGUCGAUUGUGCUUCUCCACUUUACCGAGCAUGUUGAUAAUAUUGUCUGGUUUUGGUCUGUGAUACUUGCUGGUGGCAUUCCUGCAAUGUCACCACCAAUCAGUAAUAUCCCCAGUCAGCGACAAAAGCAUCUUGAACAUCUUUUCGGUCUCCUGGAUAGUCCUAUGUGCAUCACGAGACUAGCAUUAUUGGACCAGUUCGUGGGACAAGAUUUACUCAACCCUUACACUGUCGAAAGCCUCUCCUUGAUUCAGUCCCAUGAAAAUGGCAAUUCAACAGAGCAUCAGAAUGCAAGACGAACAUCAUAUCCCAAGGACUUGGCUUCUCUGAUGCUUACAUCGGGUAGCACUGGGAAUGCCAAGGCCGUCUGCUUGGACCAACGUCAAGUUUUGGCCGCCAUCGCCGGAAAAUCCACUAUCCGAGAGAUCCCUCGGGAAUUCUCAGCAUUGAACUGGAUAGGUCUCGACCACGUGGGUAGCCUGAUUGAGAUACAUCUUAAAGCAAUGUAUCUUGGUAUUGAACAAGUACACGUCCAAGCUCAAGACGUGAUUUCGGAUCCUGCGCUUUUCCUGAAUCUGAUUGGCAGGCACCGUGUCGGAAGAACUUUCGCGCCCAACUUCUUCUUGGCAAAGUUGAGGCUACUGUUAGAAAGUAAAGAUGUGGCCAGGCUGGACCAAGACCUUGAUCUCAGUUGUCUUCGCCUUUUGAUCUCAGGGGGAGAGUCCAAUGUUAUAGAAACAUGUGGAGCACUGGCCACGCUUUUGGGUGAUUACGGCGCGCCGCCAAAUGUGAUUGUUCCAGGCUUUGGGAUGACCGAAACCUGCGCAGGGUCUUUCUACAACGUAGACUGCCCAUCGUAUGAUAUACAAAAUGGGUACCAGUUUGCCUCUCUUGGCCGCUGCAUGCCAGGCCUUCAGAUGCGCGUUACAGUUCCAGGAAGUAAAGCUGAGCUGCCAACAAUAGCUUCUACCAAUGAACCAGGCCUCCUUGAGCUUCGUGGAUCAGUCCUAUUCAGGGGAUAUCUCAAUAAUACAUCUGCAACAAACCUAGCUUUUAGCCCUGAUGGCUGGUUCAAAACAGGUGACCAAGCAUUUCUCGACUCCGCUGGCAACCUCAACAUCGUUGGACGAAACAAUGAAAGCAUCAAUAUAAAUGGUGUCAAGCACCUCCCAAACGAGCUCGAGACGGCCAUCGAAGAGUCUUCACUCGAGGGUAUCACGCAGAAUCAUACCGUGUGCUUCUCCUUCCGCCCACCAAGGGCUCAAACAGAGCAAAUAUUUAUAGUUUAUCUGCCAUCUUUUGAUCCCGACAACAUCGCUGCUAGGAUUUCAACUCGUGACGCGAUCAUACAAGUCACGUUCUUUCAGACUGGGUCACGACCUUGUGUGCUGCCGUUAAACAGCUUAUUUCUGCAAAAGUCGACGCUAGGCAAACUUUCUCGUUUCAAAAUCCGUGCUGCACUUGAGCGCGGCGACUACAAGAUGUGCGAGGACUUUGAUAGGGCUCAGAUAAUGGAUUACAACUCAUCCAACAUGAGUCAACCUGCUCAUGAAACUGAACGCCUUCUCCGGGAAGAAUUUUGCGAAGAGCUAGGUCUUUCCCAAGAAUGCUCCGGUGUAAACACGCCUAUCUUCGAUAUGGGUGUGAGCUCAAUACAUCUGAUUCGACUGAAGAAAAGGCUCCAGAUGCGUCUGUCCAUCCCGGAAAUUCCGAUUCUGACAAUGAUGAGAAAUUUGACGAUACGAUCAUUAUCAGCAGCUCUGAAAAAUCUCAACAAAGCGGAAGAAUACAACUCUGUUGUGAUACUUCAACCAAAUGGCCACAAAGCUCCAAUAUGGCUCUUUCAUCCAGGUGUUGGAGAAAUACUUGUUUUUCUGAAUCUCGCGAAAUUCCUCCCAGACCGUCCAGUUUACGCUCUUCGUGCUCGAGGCUUCGAAGCAGGCGAGACGUAUUUCGCGAAUAUCCAAGAAGCAGUAACAAUAUACCAUGCAGCUAUAAAGACCAAACAACGAACUGGCCCUUAUGCCCUCGCUGGUUAUUCUUAUGGCACCAUGCUCGCAUUUGAGACGGCAAAGCUGUUAGAAACCAACGACGACCGAGUAGCCUUCCUGGGCUGUAUGAAUUUGCCUCCACACAUCAAAUUUAGAAUGCAACAGCUCGACUGGAUAGAAUGUCUCCUCCACCUUUCAUACUUUCUCGGUCUUAUCACUGCCGAGCAUGGCGAGAUGAUGGCGCCGCGACUUCGAGGACAUUCCAAAGAACAAGCGGUCAAUUAUAUCCGCGAAGUCGCAAAUCCAGACCGCCUACUCGAACUUGCUCUCAGCGCGGAUGCACUUGCAAAUUGGGCCGACCUAGCAUAUGGUCUCCAGAGUAUGGCGAGAGAGUAUGAACCUUCAGGAGCAGUAGCCGUGAUCGAUGUAUUUUUUGCAGAGCCGUUAAAGAUUGUGGCUUCCAGUAAAGAAGCUUGGGUCAAAGGUUGGCUGAGUAAGUGGGCAGACUUCUGUGAUUCGGAGCCGAGGUUUCAUGAGGUCAUGGGUGAACAUUAUACGAUGAUUGGGGAAACCCAUAUUUCGAGCUUUCAAAUAGUUUUCCGAGAAGCUUUGAAAACACGAAAGUUAUAG